CCCGCAGUGUGCAAGAAAGGUGGUUGAAAGAUGGACGGCGGUCGGCGUUAGGAAGCCUUCGUGCUCCGUCUCGCAGUCCUCCCCUGGAUUGGGGAAAGCGCGAAAGGCGUUGAUUGGUCCAUCCCGCACUCCCACCACUCCCAGCAACUGCCAGGCUCCGACCUUCUUGUGACUAACCUUCACUUGCGAGAAAGAUAAAUAGGUGGCUUCCUCGCUCUUUCUGCUCCGAUGAUGCACCUCCACCCAAUCUCAUUCUGGAUCGUUUGACACCAUCCCUGGACAUUCCCCGUAAGGAACACUGACAAACAUAUGGCUUCAUUCGACCGCAAACCCGCUCCCUUCCAAAAGGAAACCACAUUCUCUUCAUACAACCAAGAACAAGGCAAGACAUAUGCCGCAGUCCGUCGGAACUAUGACCCAGGCGUCUACCAAGCCAUCUCCGACUAUCAUGUCGCCACGGGCGGCGCCUUCGACCGCCUGCUCGACGUGGGCUGUGGACCUGGGAUCGCUACAUUGACCUUGGCCCCACGCUUCACCCACGCCGUUGGCAUCGACCCCUCGGAUGGCAUGCUGGCCAACGCUCGUCUGGCCGGCGGUGUUACGUCUUCGUCCGAGCCUGUUCGCUUCGAGCGCUCUUCCGCCGAGGAGCUCGGCUCGAAUCUGCACCCGCCCAUCGCCGACUCGAGCGUCGACAUGAUCACCGCGGCGACUGCGGCGCAUUGGUUCGACAUGACCGGAUUCUGGCCCAGCGCUGCUCGUGUCCUCAAGCCAGGCGGAACUGUGGCAAUCUGGGGCGGGGGGCCACUUGCGCUCGACCCUACGAUCCCGAAUGCCGAUGCCAUUGACAAAGCAGUGGAAGAUUUCAGAACAAACGACUUGGCCCCAUAUAGGACCCCAGGCAACGACAUCUCACACAACCGAUAUCGAGACCUCCUUCUUCCCUGGACCUUGGAGACUCCCGUCGCGGACUUUGCUCCCAGCGAUUUUGUGCGCCGGGAGUGGCAGCCUGGCGAGGUAUUCCACUCCGGUCCACGGGAGAUUGAUCUGGACACUUUUGAAAAGAUGAUCAGUACGGGCAGUGGCGUGACUCGGUGGAGGCAAGAUCAUCCCGACUUGGUCGGGACGGAGCAAGAUGUCAUUCGACGUCUGCGCCGCACGAUUGAGAAACUACUGCAUGAGGCCGGUGUAGAAGAAGGGCAAGAAAGAUUGAGAGGGGACUCCCUUGGAGUCUUGCUGCUGUUCAAGAAGAAGGCGUCUUAAGGUGUCUUAAUCACGAUCGAGUCGCCUUAGCAACCCCUAGCGCAACUGCCUUCGCCUUGUUUUAGACUUUGCAAGUCGAGUACGGGUCCCGUGAUCUUUCGUGGACUUCUCCGGCCGGGCUCACGAUAGAAUUACAUUGUGUUUUGACAGAACGAGCAAGCAUCGAAGUAAACACCACGCAUUACUGUAAAUGCGUUGCGGAGU